AUGGUCUUGUCAGCGGCAGAUCUCCAGAAACAAUUGGAAGGUGCUCCAGAUCCUUUUCCAGUACUUGGUGAAUCAUCCCCAAAUCCUACCGCGUCUACCUCCAAUAGUGCGCCGUUGAACACCGACUCCGAGACCCUAUUUCCGUCCCUAGCUACACCCUCGACGUCUAAGGCACCUACGUCGAGCUGGACCGUGCGAGCUGUCAAGCCUGUGUCAACUCCCGUCUACACAGAUAGUUUUGCAUUGACUGGUAUCGAUCCUUCAGCCAGCCAUACUAAGGACGGAAAGCCCAGAUCUCUCGGGGAUAUUGUCAAGGACAUACAGACUAAACACAAAGUUAAAGUUGAAGUCUUUUCUCAACGCACGAGCAAUCAGACGACCUUCACGAUUACUGGGGCAUCUGAUGCAAGUGUAGACGCUGCGAAAAGAGCCCUUACAACUAGUCUCAGUCCUGUGAUCACUCUGGCUGUACAAACUCCAGUCUCGGUUGUAGGCUCUAUUGUUGGUCAAAAGGGUGCCAAUCUCAAACGGAUCCGUGAUCUUACGUCUACGAAAAUUGAUAUUCCUCGUCGUGAUAAUUUGGCCGUUCCCAAUGCCAAUAGCCAGGAUGAUUCCCGCUCCCCGAGUCCCUACCCUACGAGCCCGGCAGAUGAGAAUGAAGCGACUAUUCGUAUCACUAUCACUGGACCUGCAUCCAUGGCUCAUGAAGCUCAGGCAAUGAUUCAAGCCAUCAUCACGGAGAAGACCUCUCGUUCGGUUCAAAAGAUCAAGAUCACUCCGCCUUACGUUUUUCCUUUCGUUCUUAGCCGUCGUGCCGAUUUCCUUAAAGUUGCCAACGGGGCCGAGAUCAACCUCAAUCGGGAUGAGAAAACUAAGGAGAUCACAGUAAAUGGUGAUCGUGAGGCCGUUGGAAAAGUCAUCGAGAGCAUCCGUUCCUGUAUGGCAUUUUACGAAGGUGAUCUGACCUCGGUUAAGAUCACAUUGCCAAAGAGACAGCAUCAUCUGCUUACCGGACAAGCCCAUGAAGACAUUUUCCAAAAGAGUAAAUGUAAUGCUGUCAUCCCAGGCCCUGAGGAUCCCAGUGAAGAUGUUCAAGUAUGGGGAAAGGCUACCAAUCUUGGGGCAGGUCUUCAAGCUGUUAUGGAACUAGCAAACUCACAACAUACUCGCUCCCUCCCAAUUCCUGGAGGACAUCCUCGUCAUGUUCUUACCCACUUGCAUCGCAGUGGAUACGGAAAAUCGUUUGGUAACUCUCAUCCGAACGUGUCUGUUCACUUCCCUCCUGUUUCUGUUGUCGGCCAAGCGACUAUCGACUUUAGCGGUGAACGUGCACCUGUCGACUCGGCGUACAAGGAGCUUGCUGCCCAUCUUGCCUUAUUGGACGGUGCUACUAGGAACAUCCCAGUUGAUUACCUCCUCCAUAACAUUCUGAAUGCCAAAGCCGGAAAGCACGAUGCCGACUCAAAUGUUUUGCUCGUAUAUGAUCCUCUUGCUGCCCAACCGGUGAAGAACAAACAAGCAGUGUUGGCUGAGAUUGAAGCAGAAAUACUGGGACAUGUCGCCGGCUUAGGACAGAUCAAGACCGAGACCGUAUCUGUGGAAAGGAAAUGGCAUCCUGCUGUUACCGGGAAGAAUGGAUCAACCCUCAAUGCUCUCAUCGGAGAGGGUCGGGCUUUAUCAAUCGAAGUUGGAGGGAAUGGUCAAGAAGAUAUCGUGGUGAUUCGCGGAACCCCUGCAGAGGUGGACCGAGCUACCAAGGACAUCCUCAUGAUUGUUGAGGAGGCAAAGAACGACGCCACUGCUAGUGCUUAUUCCACUGAAUUUCAUAUUCCCCAGCAAUUCGUUGCUCGAAUUGUUGGGGCCGCUGGUGCAGGUAUCCAAAAGUACCGCGAACAACUUGACGUCAAAAUCGACAUUGAUGACGCCCGUGACUCUGGCGAACAAAUUACUGGCCGUAAGCAAAAUGCCGAGGAGGCAAAGAAGAGAAUCCUUGCUCAGGUGGACAAAAUGGCCGAUGAAACCACGGAGAUCCUGAAGAUCCCUCGUCAAUACCAUUCAUCUAUCAUUGGGCAACAAGGAAAGUAUAUUCAACGCCUUCAAGACAAGUAUGGUGUCAAGAUCAACAUCGGCAAAGAUGCUAGCACAGACGAGGUCCAAAUUCGCGGAGGAAAGAAGGGAGUGUCGCAAGCUAAGAAUGAAAUCCAGGAGCUCGUGGAAUAUGAGAAAGAGAAUAACCACACCAUCACAGUCGAGGUUUCUUCUCGCUCUAUCCCACGCAUUUUGGGAGCCAAGGGAGCCAAGAUUCACGAGAUUAUGGCCGACACUACCGCACAUAUUGACGUGAACGAUGGCAAUAAAGACAAAUCUAAGGGCGCUGAUGAAGCAGGCCCGGCCUCUAUCACCAUUCGAGGCACUAAGAAGGCUGUCGCGGCUGCAAAAGCUGCCGUGCUGGCUAUCGCGAAUGCAGUUGAUGAUGAAACUACUGUUGUGCUUCACAUUGAGCCUAAAUUCCAUCGCACCAUUAUCGGAGGUGGAGGAGUUGGCCUCAAGAAUCUUUUGGCUCGUGUCGGUGCUCCUAGUGACCCCAAAGAACAAGCUGGAUUGGUUCGAUUCCCACAAAAUGGCGACGAGGUAACCCUUCGCGGGGAAAGCAAGUUAGUCAAAAAGAUCCAGGCAGAAAUCGAAAGGGUCGUCGCUGGUCUACGUGAACGUGUGGUGCUCGGUGUUGUCAUUCCAGCUCAACAGCACCGAAUGCUGAUCGGACAUGGUGGUCAGCCGCUUAUGGAGUUGGAGAAGAGGACCGGUGCUGAAGUACAAUUCCCCGGAUCCCGCUCCUACAAUCAGGUGGCUCCUGCUGAAAAUGCAGCUGAGCUGGAAGAAGCUGAUCCCAAGAAUAUCGUCAAAGUUGUCGGGCCCCGUGCAGCUUGUGAAAAGGCGAUUGCAGAGCUUUUGGAGCAAAACCGCGAGCGCACGUCUUCUGGUCCUGUCGCAACCGUUCAAGUCCCUUUCAAGCACUAUCAUCUCCUUCGUCCGACUGGCAAUCUUAUUCGAGACCUCCGUGCUUCUGGAGCUCAAUUCUCCCAAGCCGGGAAACCUAAGCAUGAAGGUGAUGGAGCGGCCAGCC